AUGCGGCGUUUUUGCGGGCUGGAAAGACGGCUGAAUCGCGAUCCGGGAUUAAAAUCGCAAUACGCGGCAUUUAUGCGCGAGUACUUGGCCCUUGGGCAUAUGAAAUUAGUAAGGGAGGAAAAUGACAAAGACAAGGGAUUGCCGACGUACUAUUUGCCGCAUCAUUGUAUAUUAAAGACGUCAAAUGAAACGACUAAAAUCAGGGUGGUUUUCGAUGCUUCAUGCAAAAGUUCGACAGGGGUUUCUUUGAACGACGCUCUUAUGAUCGGGCCGACGGUGCAGCAGGAUUUAUUUUCCAUUGUAUCGAGGUUUCGAAUUUUUCGAUUCGUAUUCUCCGCAGACAUCGCCAAGAUGUACCGGCAGAUAUUGGUCGAUCCGCAGCAGACGCGACUGCAGCGUGUUCUGUGGCGAGAUGAGGCCACCGCGAGCGUGCAAACAUACGAAUUAAUAACGUUGACAUACGGUACAGCGACCGCGUCAUAUUUAGCUACCAGAGCGCUGCAAUUUUUGGCCGAGAUGUACGCGGAGGAAUUUCCCGCGGGAUCCCGGCGAGUAAAACGCGAUUUUUACGUUGAUGACCUGCUAACGGGAGCGGACACAAUCGAGGAAGCAUUAGCAUUGAAAAACCAGAUCGUAAAGAUUCUGAACCGCGGCGGAUUUCAACUGAGCAAGUGGCAUUCAAACGAAUCAGUAUUGAUAAAUGAUAUGUAUGAUAAACAUAACGCCGAGGUUCAAAUUGAUAGAGACGCGACGUCGCGCAUCCUCGGAAUUCUUUGGAAUCCGUCGAUGGAUGUAUUUCGGUUCGCGAUUGAAUUGCCGACUGACUCACACAAGAUAACGAAGCGCGUAAUAUUGUCGGAGAUAUCAAGAUUAUUUGACCCGUUGGGAUUAAUCGGUCCGGUUAUUAUCAUACCAAAAAUGCUGUUACAGGAGAUUUGGCAAUUAAAAAUACAGUGGGAUGAAUCGAUUCCACUGGAUAUGCAUGCAAGGUGGUCCGCGUUUAAGAGACAAUUAAGAGAAUUAAAUGAUUUAAGCGUCCCGAGGUUUAUAGGGAGAAAUCAAGAGGGGGCUCGCGUUCAGAUACACGGGUUUUGUGACGCCAGCCAGCGGGCGUAUGGCGCGUGUUUGUAUAUUCGAAGACAAAUACAUGGGAACGAAGUACAGAUUGAUCUGUUGUGCUCUAAAACAAGAGUAGCCCCACUCAGAGCGAUUUCGAUUCCGCGACUCGAGCUUUGCGCGGCAUUAUUGCUGGCACAAUUGUUGGACAAAGUGCGUUCAUCUAUUGACAUAAAGGACGUGCGGUAUACUUUGUGGUCGGAUUCCACGAUCGCGCUGAGAUGGAUUUCGUCGUGCUCGAGAAAAUGGUCGGUUUUUGUGUCAAAUCGCGUCGGAGAAAUACAGCGGUUAACUUCCGGUUUGGAUUGGCGGCACGUGCCGACAACCGAAAAUCCUGCGGAUUUGCUAUCUCGGGGCGUCCACCCGCAUGACAUCGGGAAUGCCGCGCUAUGGUGGCGAGGUCCCGCGUUGUUAAAGAGCAGCGAGGAGUCGUGGCCAAGCGUUGGCGAAUAUGUCCCGGAGUCCGAGAUGCCGGAGAGGCGGCGGAUAGUUGCUGCUGUCGCUGGCGUGGUGGCACUAAGCCCCUUUUCGGAGCUUAUAGCUAGAUGUUCGAGUCUAGAUAAAUUAUGCCGAAUUGUUGCAUAUUGCAGGCGAUUUAUUGGACCGCGUCUGCGAUCCGAGGGAGACGUGGGCGUUCACGUCUCGCACGUGGAAAUCUCGGCCGCAUUGGAAAACAUUUGCAAGCUGGUGCAAGGGGAAGUUUUUUCAAACGAGUUCGAGCAAUUAAAGAAGGGAAACGCUCUCACUUCCGCUAGCUCAUUAAAAUCAUUAUCGCCGUUCUUGGAUAAACAGGGUCUGAUUCGCGUCGGUGGGAGGCUCGAAAAAUCACAAUUAAGAUGCAGGCCGGCGAUAUCAGAAGCGAAAAUGGGGGUGUUACCUGCGCCCCGUGUGACACCUUCGCGGCCGUUCUCUAAUUGCGGCAUCGAUUACGCGGGGCCUCUCAUUAUAAGAGAAGGCAAGCGGCGAAAUGCUCGAAAUAGUAAGGCUUAUCGUGUUGCGGGCGACUCACACCUGACUUUCGAGGAGUUGCAGACAACGUUGUGCGAAAUAGAGGCUGUAUUAAAUUCGCGUCCGUUGACGCCGCUGAGUUCUGAUCCUAAUGAUUUAGCCUAUCUUACGCCGGGGCAUUUUCUGGUUGGCGAGGGGCACUCCCGGAGGAAGUGCUCCGGGCUGGAGCACAGCCAGCACCCCUGGGAAGAAGGUCCCAAAAUAUCCGAUGGAAAAGGCGUGCAGCUUCCUAUCUUCCGGCGGUACCGGGUUCUGACGGCGGACUAUGAGGUCCUCUGGCCCGAGCGGCUUUCGGGGGGGGGACAGGGCAGCCCUGACCCAUGGACGCUCAGAGUGGGCAUCCGCCUGGAUGCCCUGCGGGGAUCACUGGCGGGGGUCACUGGCGGGGGUCGGCCCGAGGUCCUCGCGGACGGGGGCGGCCGGUUCCGACUAGUCGACCUCCACUUUAUCUGCCCAAGAGGCAGGUGA